AUGUGGAAAUCUGACCUGUGCUUGUUGAGUCCCUACCCCGCCGCCCACCCUGCCGCCCACCCUGCCGUCCACUCUGCCGACCACCCUGCCGCCCACCCCGCCGCCCACCCCGCCGCCCACCCUGCCGUCCACUCUGCCGCCCACCCUUCCGUCCACUCUGCCGCCCACCCUGCCGUCCACUCUGCCGCCCACCCCGCCGCCCACCCUGCCGCCCACCCUUCCGUCCACUCUGCCGCCCACCCUGCCGUCCACCAAGUCGCCCACCCUGCCGUCCACCGUGGCGCUCACCCUGCCGCCCACCCCGCCGCCCACCCUGCCGCCCAACCUGCCGCCCAGCCUGGCGUCCACUCUGCCGCCCACCCUACCGUCCACCCUGCCGCCCACCCUGCCGUCCACCCUGCCGCCCACCCUGCCGUAAACUCUGCCGCCCACCCCGCCACCCACCCUGCCGCCCACCCUGCCGUCCACCCUGCCGUCCACUCUGCCGCCCACCCUGCCGCCCACACUGCCGCCCACCCUGCCGCCCACCUUGCCGUCCACUCUGCCGCCCACCCUGCCGUCCACUCUGCCAUCCACUCUGCCGCCCAUCCCGCCGCCCACCCUGCCGCCCACCCUGCCGCCCACCCUGCCGUCCAUUCCGCCGCCCACCCCGUCGCCCACCCUGCCGCCCACCCUGCCGCCCACCCUGCCGUCCACCCUGCCGCCCACCCUGCCGUCCACCCUGCCGCCCACCCUGCCGUCCACCCUGCCGCCCACCCUACCGCCCACCCUGCCGUCCACUCUGCCGCCCAUCCUGCCGCCCACCCUGCCGUCCACCCUGCCGUCCACCCUGCCGCCCACCCUGCCGUCCACUCUGCCGCCCACCCUGCCGCCCACCCUGCCGCCCACCCUGCCGCCCACCCUGCCGCCCACCCUGCCGUCUACUCUGCCGCCCACCCUGCCGCCCACCCUGCCUCCCACCCUUCCGUCCACUCUGCCGCCCACCCUACCGCCCACCCUGCCGUCCACUCUUCCGCCCACCCUGCCGUCCACUCUGCCGCCCACACUGCCGCCCACCCCGCCGCCCAACCUGCCGCCCACCCUGCCGCCCAGCUUGCCGUCCACUCUGCCGCCCACCCUGCCGCCCACCCUGCCGUCCACCCUGCCAUCCACCCUGCCGCCCACCCUGCCGUCCACCCUGCCGUCCACCCUGCCGCCCAACCUGCCGCCCACCCUGCCGUCUACUCUGCCGCCCACCCUGCCAAGCAUAGUUUACUUUCUAGUGAUAUGACAAAAUAUGCAUUUCACGUUAGAGCGAUAAACUAG